AUGUAUAUACCUAUUAUAAUAAUUCAAGUAAGUGCCUACAUAGACCUUAAAUCUGUCAAACCUAACGUGUCCACAACGGCAACCUUAAAAUCACUCAGUAUGUCCAACUUAAAAAGUGACGCUAUCUUUGAAUUUAUUAUUGACCAAGUCAAGGCUGAUCCCGGCAAAGCCAAAUCUGUUGGUGGAGUCUUCUUGUACAAUAUUACAAAGGAUGGCAAACAAGCCAAACAAUGGACCAUGGAUUUGAAGAAUGCUAAGGUCUUUGAAGGAAAACCUGAUGGCAAACCCAACACAACCUUAACCAUCUCAGAUGACGAUUUUAUGCUCAUGGCCGAAGGAAAACUGAACCCUCAACAAGCUUUCAUGAAGGGAAAACUCAAGGUCACCGGAAACAUCAUGUUGGCACAAAAGUUGGCUCCUUUACUUAAAACCAACGCUAAACUGUAA